AUGGCAUCAGGGUGGUUCUGCUUGGUCCUCCUGCUGCUCCUGCCCUUCAUGGCCUGUGCAGGGGGGUCCGGCCCUGUCCUCGUCAACCGCCCCUUCGUCACUGUCUGGAACAUUCCCACCGAGCGCUGCGCUAAGAAGUACAAUGUCACCCUCAACCUGGAGAUCUUCGACGUGUUGGCCAAUGACCAGCAGUCCUUCAUCGGGCAGGACAUCACCCUCUUCUACAGCAAGGAGCUGGGGCUGCUCCCCUACUACACCUCUGAGGGGGUCCCGGUGAAUGGGGGGCUCCCCCAAAAUGCCAGCGUGGAGGCUCACCUUCAUGAAGCCACCCAGGACAUCAAGGUCACUUUGCCUAGCCCUGCCUAUGAUGGGCUGGCUGUUAUUGACUGGGAGAAGUGGCGCCCGCUGUGGGUCCGCAACUGGGCCUCCAUGGACAUCUACCGGCAGAAGUCAGAGGAGCUGGUGCGGCAGCAGCACCCACAGUGGACCCCCGACCUGGUAAAGAAGGUGGCCCAGCAGCAGUUUGAGCAGAGCGCCCGCACCUUCAUGGAGCAGACGCUGCAGCUGGGAGAGACCCUCCGGCCCAAUGGCUGCUGGGGUUUCUAUGGCUUCCCCAACUGCUACAACAAUGACUUCGACAGCCAGCCCUACACCGGGAUGUGCCCGACGGUGGAGCAGCAGAGGAACAAGGAGCUGCAGUGGCUCUGGAAGAGCAGCCGGGCGCUCUACCCCAGCAUCUACCUGCCCCCCCUCUUCAACGGCACCAACAAGGCACUUGCCUAUGUCCGGCACCGUGUGGCCGAGGCCUUUGCUGUCCAGCGUGGUGUCCUCAACGACAGUGUCCCUGUCCUGCCCUACUCCCAGAUCGCCUUCGACUGCACCGUUGACUUCCUCUCCCAGGAGAACCUGGUGAACACCAUAGGGGAGAGCGCGGCUCAGGGCGCUGCUGGCAUCAUCCUCUGGGGCAGCCUUAACUACAGCACCUCCAAGGAGAUGUGCCUGAGGCUGAAGGACUACGUGGAGGGGCCCCUGGGCCACUACAUCGUCAACGUGACGGCGAGCGCCGAUCUGUGCAGCCAGAGCCUGUGCUCCGGCCGGGGUCGCUGUGUGCGCCAGGAGAACAAGCAGGGCUUCCUCCACCUUGACCCCUUCCGCUUCGCCAUCGACCUGAAAGCUGGCAAGCCCUGGCUGGUGGCACAGAGCUUGGAGUCUGGCGAUGACGUCUCCCGGCUGGCCCAGGAAUUCAGCUGCCAGUGCUACGGCAAGUGGCAGGGACCUCGCUGUGACACCCAGAGCUUUGCCAAGUGA